CACCAUAAUAAUUUUGAAUAACCUGGUGGGAGAAAAUACCUUUUGCUGUGGUAAGUUCAAGCAAUUCUACCAGAUAAGAUCCUUCUCGCCUUGUUUGAGCAGUGCAGUUUUAGUUUGUGAUCAGUUCAUUCAAUGUUGAGAUUUAAAAUCAAGUUCAGUUCUAAUUUGACAGCGAAACCCUCUUUUUUGGAUGGGAUUGUGCAUAAUUUCAUUCUUUGGAAAAGUACACAGUUGACGAAAUCUUGAAAUCAUGUACUGAUAAGCUUUACCCCUUAAAAUUCUAGUAAGGAAGCUAAACUCGAUGUGGAAUCGAUUCAGAAAUACUGUACAUUCGAGACUAAAAGCCUGGAGUCAUUUUAUGUCUGAAAACUUGGAACUAAAUUAAUUUUACGCGUGAUUUUUUUUACAGUUUGCAUUACGUGGAAAAAGAGAUUGAAAUUACUAUGGAUGAAAGUAAGUAACUACAUGUAGAUUGAUUUUAAAUGAAAGUCAUCUUAACAAAGUCAGUUUGACUUGAUCAAUGCUCAUUUGUAAAUGAAUGGCAAGACAGAAAAAAAGAAAUGCUGGUGUGUUGUUUGUUUGAUAAUAUGAAAACAUCUUUGUCAGAUCAGGGAUUGUGUAACCAAUAUAAUCUGCAUCACACAGAUUACAUUUGAAAUUGUUAACAAUGCAUUGGUGGACUAAAGCUGGCUUCUCUUCUUGCAAAUUGGGCUUGUUGCUGAUCUUAGUAAUCAUGUAAACUGUUUGUAACUCAGGAACGAUCUUCUGGCCAAGAUCUUUCAGCUGUUUUUGAACUGCGUCAGUAGAUUUCUGAUCUUUGAGCAGUAAAGUAAUCCUGAUGGGUUUUUGUGUUUUUGUGCCAGUUUCAGUUGGGGUUUAAGGAUGAUGUUGAUGAUAUACAGCGACAGUUUUCCUCAUCCUGAAGACAAUAAUUGUGAUGGGUUGAUAAGUUGUCGUGUACACCUGCAUAAAUUAAAAUGUAACCCACAUCCUGUCAAAAUUUUAUACGGAGGGGGAUAAAUCUAUUGAAUGUGAUUGAUGUCCAGGUUCUGCAUGUGACUGAGGUCCAGUGGGAGCCACUUUCUGGCUAACUUGCCCUAUGGGCAACCUGAGGUUUGUUUUUUUGGUUGCCCAUGGUUUAUAUUGGAUGCCCACCUACUAAGUCCUGUUGCCCAUGAAAACUCACAGGAGGCAAUGUUAAAAAAAUAUACAAAUAAUAAAAAAUGACAAUUUUAUCAUUUAAUAUAGUUGACAUGAAAUAUGGUCCACGAAUGAGGAUAUUGUAAAAGCUAUAAUAAACUAUCAUCUAAUUAUUUGAUUUUCACCAAUCACUUAUCGAAAGUAAUUUCGUAAAUGCUUUGCUAAAAUAGCAAAGCACAUCUGGCCAUGCAUAAACUGGGUUCCAUUGUAACAAGAAUUUCUUACAUGCUGCCUAACACAGUGGCCACUAUAAUGUUCAUAUCUUUUAUUACUAUGGUCAACAUUUUUAAAUCGGGUGUAUAUAUAAAACCAAUCUAAGGAAAUGUAUGGCUAUAGUUUCCAUCUUUAAGCAAUUGCUUUUAUUUUAGGCCCGAUAACUUCUGCAUCUAGGAUCAACUCCAGCGAUGCUCCAAAAGGGAGCCAAUUAUGUCCUGUUGUGACAGGGAAAACUGCAGCAAAGGUACCAGUCACAAAUCCAUGCACAGAACCUCAAUUUAAUGGUAUUUCAGAAGUGCAGGUAUGUAAAUAUCAUGUUUGAAUAAUAUAUUAUCCAAACCUUUCUACACCUAGCCAAGUCAGAUUCUAUUGUCUUCCAUUUGCACUUCCCUUUUUGUCUCACAUUGUAAUGCAAUGAUCUUUGUUUGCACAGUUUUCUUCUGCUUGCAAUUGGAAACAAAUCCCUCAGUCUCCUGCCUCAAAACCAGAAAAUAUUUUUUGAGUGAACAACUUAACCAAAACAUGUGUUAUCGACUAGUUGAGAACAAAAAUAUUUGAUGAUUUUAGUUCAGCAGAAUGUUGUUUGAAAUUUUCUUUCAUAACCAACUCAUGUGCACCCACACUUUGCACAUGAUGAAUUAAAGAAGAACUAGCAAAACAGGCAGAAAAAGAAAGCUGCUAGUAAGAAAAUAUAUCUAACGACAAAGACAACAGAAUAUGAAAAAAUGGUUUUCUUAGAUCUUUAUUUAUGUAUUUAUUAUAGACUUGGAGAGAGCAAAACUGGAAAGCCCUGCUCAGGUUGGAGGAGUUGAUAAAAGUAUGUAUCUCAAUUAAUAUUACAAAAUAAUUUAUGUCUACUGAGUUGAUAAUGUAAAUUGGCCAUGGUAAAGAGUUUCUAAGGUGAUGUUUAUUCUUGCCAUAAUAACUUAUUUGGGGUUUUAUUAAAAUAUUAUGUGCUUCUCUGCAGAACGAAAAAAAAGAGAUGGUGAAGUUGCAAGAGCGAAAAGACUAUCUGCAAGAUCUAUUGAUGGUAUGAUAAUUUUUUUAAUUGGUUUUUGCAAUAACUGCUUAACCUGUCAAAACACCUUGUAAGAUUAAAUAUUGUAAUAGGAGCAAGUGGAGUCUUAUUCCAUUUGUAGUCAUACAAGUGAUUAACACAACAACAAAAUCAGACGACCACUAUGCAGGAGUCCGGUUUGUCAAUCACGAGUAUGAUUGAAGACAGAAUUGGACAAUGCCAAAACUGUUACUAAUUAAUCAUCACUGUUACAAUCUCUGAAAAAAGAAAAAAAAAAGAACCAAUACAUUUAGGACAAACACCUCUGGUAGAGAAAUUGCCUAAAGUGAAAAAUUACUCCAUUUUGGAAAUUCCCUAGGUUUUUUUUUUUUCCUUUUCAGGAUAAGUGGUUGUUGUUAUGGUUAUUGUGAUAAAUUCUGUGAUUGGCUUCUUCAACAGUCCAAUCACAGAUGUCUGAUUACAGCCAACUGUCCUAUCACAGUUACAAUUGAACAGAAUGAUCUGUGAAAAAUAAAGCAAUUAAUGUACUAAUCACAUUUGAGGAAAUGCAACAGUUAUGAUUAAUAUGUUUACCAGAAAGUAAAACCAAAAAAUUUCCAAGUCUUUCUCAGACUGGUUAGUAUAAGACCUUUCAUAGAGUAGAUGAUCGUCAGUUUCUGAACCAGCUUCACAAAAUGUACAAGAUUCAUCUGAGACAUAACUUACUUUGGCUAGGAGGGAAUUUAAGUAAAUGGUGGUGUCUAAGAUUUUGAAUUGGAAACUUCAGGCAAUCAUUUUGGAUGAGACAGUCUUCACCUUUAUUAAUGCUACAAAUAGUAACAUUCCUUUUGGUUAAAGCAAAGGAAAAAUAAAACGAUCUUUUUACCUGCAAUAGGCUCUAGAGGACUCUAGCUGGGAGUAAUUUUUUUUUAGAGUGAAAAGUGUUUUACUCUGUAUCAGUAGAGGUGGAUAGGCUUUGGAUUGAAACUGUGUAACUGUUACAUUUUAGUCGCAGACGGUGGAGACACGUGAGAUGGAGGAUGAAUUAAGUCAGAUGAACUUAAGACUCGCUGGGGAAGCCAUGAGGAACUUCCGUAAAGAGAGAGAAUUACAACAUGAAAGAAGGGAAAUUGAGGCGGAAAUUGAAAUACGUGAGGGAGUAAGAAGACCAGGUGAAGUGAACAUGGAUAUAGGUAAGAAACGGUAACUACAGAUAAACAUACAAAAAUGGUGUUUAGUUUUUUCUGAUAGUGAAAUAAAAUACAGUCACAUACUUUAAGAUAGUACAUUGGCAGUCAAGGCUGUGCUCAAAGGCGCUCGGUCGCCUCAGGCGACUAACAUUAGGGACCUUAAGCAGUCAGGACGGCAACGCUAAGGAAGACUUCGAUUAAAAAAUGAAUUUCUGCCUUUAAUUAGAAUUUCAAAAAUGCCUGCAUUGUUUUCCAUCGCAUACGGCGCCACACCUCAACUUCAGCAUAACGUAUAAAAGAAACGUUGAGUUCCAAAUGGAAAUUAAAAUAAUUUGCCGUCGCGGUUUCGGUUCGCAGACGACGCAAAUUGUGGUGAUUUCACAUUGUUGUUUUGCAUGGGACGGCUAAGAAAUGUACAAAGUUUUUAAACGCACGUGCUGAGCUAUUGUUCUGCCCAUUAAAUCUUUUGUUUUUCUAUGUCCUCGUUGCCGUCGCCGUCGUGGUUUGCUUAAAAUCCCUAUUAGGUCCCAGGCGACUGAAAAAAUAUUGCGGUCGCUCAACCGGGCACUCGGCCCCUUGUGCAGCAUUCGCCUCUGUGGUAAAUGUGGCGAUUGAGUGAUACAUUUUUAUUUGGUUGAUUUCUAAGCGUUAUUAGCAGAAAAAUAUUCUUUUGCGCGACACGUAGUAGAAUUGUUCACGUUCGAAGAUCUCGAAGUUACUGUCGCAUUUCGUUCCACAUGAUUUCACACGAACCCAAAUUACAAUAAUUAUUGAAACAAUAGUUCUUUUCACUUCACACGUGAUAAACCGCACUGAUAUUGCAGAAAUUUACGUUGAACACCGCGAUUUUCCUUGAGAUGAUGAAAGUCUGAUUUAUUUCAGCGUUUCGAUGGAUUUGGAAAGUGUAGCGCGUUUAUCUUUAUUUCAAACCAAGAUUCAUUCUAUAUGCAAAUUUCCGGCAAGUCAGCUUUGUUGGUAGAUGUUUAUCGAUCGCUGUGAUAGGCGACUUACAUUUACUUUAUGAAGAUUUGGCGAGAACUGAGCUUAUAACGAUUUCAUAUUUAGACUUGUUUAUUUUGGUGCUUUCGAAUGAAAGUUCUCAGCGGUUUAAAAUAUCCAAAGAAGCACAAUUGCCAUUUUGAAAAAUAACACCGGCUCACCGCUAUUAAAAAGUAAUAGUUUCUUGAGAAAGAUGUUUGUUGUCUUGUCACAAGUUUGGGACAAAGAAAACAUUCUGAGUCUCCAUGAGGAAUCAAACCUCAGACCUUCUGAUUCUGAUGCCCUACUACUGAACCACAAAGACUCUUUGGUGAGUGAGGUCUAUUUCAAAGUUAAUACAACAUUCGUCCUGUAUACUGCUAGGAUGAGCAAUGUCGAUAGCGUCACAUUUGUUAAUAGAAUGAAAAAGAAGGUAAUUUUUUUUUGUUUGUCCCACACUCGUGACAAGAUGUAAAACAUCUAUCUCUGUUUCUUUACCAAGCUCAAAACUUACCAUCUUUCUUAUUCUAUAACAGUUUCUUUUACUAAACAAUAGUUGUCAUUGUAGAAAUGGUACAAGCUCCCCCAUGGAAUGGAACUACAAGGAACCAGGAAAAUCUUACGGUAAAAGGGAAUACAAGGCUAAAUACUCCAUCAGAGACGAACUCCCAGAACAAUUCAGUGGUGCAGGUACAUAACUAUUAAUAAAUAUCAGUGGUGAAUUUCAUUAGGAGAUUGAAAGUACCGUAGUUAUUCGGUUAUAAGGCGCACCGUUUUUUCAAGAAAUUCCUAAUUUCUAUUAAAAAUUACCGCCAAAGUUUGGGUGCGUCUUAUAGGGGAAUAUUUUCCCGAAACAAUUUUUUUUUUAUCACAGUUACUGGUUUAAAUAGUUAUCAACCAUAUAUUUUCAUACCCUAUGUGUUUAAAUCUCUCAAAGCAAUAACAUCUUUUUCGAAUAUUCGCGCCCAGUUUGGUUUACCAUUGGAUGAAGCUAAAACAAUAUAAUUUUUGAUGAAUAGUGCAUUUCAAAGCCUUUCCAUCGAUAUAUAGUGUAUGGUAGCUAUGCUUAAAAAAGCAUGCCAAAAAUUUUUUUGGCGUAGGACACCUCUGAAGGUCAUGUACAUCAUGAAGUUUUCAAAUACAUUGAACUCUCAAGCAAGAUAGUAGCUUAAGAUUUUAGAAAUGUUUUGGCUGGACAUAUUUUUUCAGGCCUCUCACCUGCCUCUGGAGCUGAAUACUUUACCAGGUAAUGGUAAGUAACUACAAAUAGAUAAGAUAUUGUGAAGAAGUGUUUAAAGUAUUUGGCAUUACAAUAGCAAGAGAGUGUGGUUCUUAAGAAAAUGUAUGGCAACACCAGGAUUGUUCCUUUUAACCCUUUUGUUUGUAGAGGUGAUUGCUUGAAAGUUAACCUCUCUGCUAUUCCAAUAUGUUUUCUUACAAGCAGGCUCUUAGAAAAGACAAGCCUCUCAGCCAGAGGUUGUUAUCCUGAUGUAAAACCGAAUUCUUUUAAAUUAAUCUAAGGAAAUGUGUGGUGAUCAGUAGGGAGAAUCUGCCAAAUGGAUCAUGUAUAACUGAAGGUUACCACCACCCUUGGUGGCUGCCUAAUGCAAAAGUCAUUGAAUUAUAGUUUCCUUCUUUUAACAAUUUUUUCCAUUGUAGGCCAGGCACCUUUUGCAAACUUGGAAAUGUGUUACAAAGGUGCCAUGGUGACAGGGCAAAGAGUGGCUCAACGGAGAGGAACUCUCUCUAAGACUGAAGAACUGCAAGUAUGUAAAUAUCUUGUUUUUUUAAUGUAGUGAAAAUAACGCACAAAACAGGUAUAAACAUCACAAGAUGUUUGGACAGAUGGUUAUUUUGUAUUGCGAAAAACUUGUCUACUUUAACCUUCACCAAAAUGUCUAAUGAGAUAUAAUUUUUUGUGAACAAGUGUGGGCGGUAAACUUCAAAUAGAGAUUUACUGUAACCACUGAAGUAUUAAUAUUUGUUAAUUUGUCGUGCUAAUUUAGAAGAAUUUUCUUUGAAGAAAAUUUGGUCGAGAACUCAACUAAUUUUGACGCAGGAGGAGGAAAUAGGAGAAUGUAAAUGUGAAAAAAUCCUCUUGGGCUGCAAAGACAAAUUGUUUUCAGAGUUGAUACUUUCUUUACAUAUUGAUCAUUCAACUGCCUAUUAACUUAUCUGUUAUUAAUUGAUGUAUUAGACUCUGAGAGAACAUAAUGAAGCCCUGAAAGCAGAGCUCAGGAAGCUGGAGGAGAAUUUAAAGGUACGUAUCUCAAUUAAUAUUACAAGAUAAUUCAUGUUUAUAAUGUAAAUUGGUCCGCUUAACGAGUUGCUAAGCUGACGUUUCGAGCGUUAGCCCUUUGUCCGAGUUAAGGAUGAUUACAUGAUAUUAGUUUUUAUGAACGCUACAAAUAGGAAAUAAAUCCCAAAUCCCUCCAGGCUUUAGACUGAAACUGUAUAACUGUUACAUUUUAGGAGGGGGAGAUUUAUUUAAGAAGUAUACACAAGGAAGCGGAGGAAGUACCGCAGAAUAUUCGAGGGCUCGCAAAGGAAGCCAUGAGGAUCCGUAGACAAGAGGAAGAAUUACACAACAUGAAAAAAAAAUUAGGCGACGUCAAAGCUAAAGAGAACUCGAGGGUUCGGCGCGAUGAAGUUCAGUUAGACAGGUUGUUGGGGAAGGGGGCUUAUGGAGAAGUUAUGAAAGGAAAAUUCCGUGGUACCGAGGUUGCUGUAAAGAUACCUAGACCUAGAAUGUCACUGGAAAGUGUGAAUCGAGAAAUUGAAAUUAUUUCUGAGCUUCAACACCCGAAUGUGGUGGAAUUUAUUGCUACGGUAGUUGAUGUUAAAUUACCGUGGGCAGUCCUAGAAUAUGCCAACCGUGACACCCUGGAAAAACUUUUGAAGGAGCGGCCAUUGGAACUCUUUGAAGUAUUCUCUCUGGGUCUAGAUGCAGGUUAUGGCCUUUUACAUCUUCACGCGCGUCGUCCGAACCCGAUUCUUCAUCGGGAUCUUCAUCCCGGAAACGUUCUCUUGUUUGGAACCAACAUUUCCCCAGUGCUUAAAUUGAGCGACUUUGGUAUGGCAACCUUUUGCCGUGAUACCUUGUCACCAAACCGAGAUACAACGUACACAACAAAAGUAAGAGAAGUGUUUCUGUUACAAUCAUGCUUCUAUUGUAAGGCUAUCUUUUAUAUUUUGUAGGUGCGAUCGCUUAGAAAGAACGUCGGAGUUCUGUUGGAUUUGUCGGAGAUCUCAGAGACAGCGAACAUUAGGAAAGAACGUUUCUCGUCAACCGAGUGUCAAGUCAGAAUUGGUCAUUCUUUUGUUUGUUAUCCUCGCGAUCGCAGCAAUCCAGUAGUAACCAGACCAAGAAAUAAUAAUUUCAUUCGGUACUUUGUGGCUAACGUAAUCGACAGGAAAUCUCAGAGAAAUUUUCGAUUGAGUAUCAGAGAAAAUCAAAUACUUUCCCUUUAUUUAGGUGAAGCCGUAAAGUUGCUUACAUAGGUUACCUAUUAAUAUAUUUACCCAUAGCCACCAGUAACCAUAUACCCUUUUUGGGUGCUUAUGUUAUUCCAGGAUGAUGUGUUCAGCUUUGGGCUGCUGCUGUUAAGGAUGUCCAUCAGAGAGAGGCCUGAUUGGAUAAACCCGAAACGUCAGUUGAAAGAAGUACCCAUCCCUUCCCUGCGAAAACUGAUAGGAGUGUGCAUCAGAAGAAUGCCAAACGGUCGACCGGACAUGCAAAAAGUGGUUUACGAGCUGGAGAUAUUGAAGUUGCUUUUCCCGCUGGGGAUAAGGAGUACAAGAACAUCUUUUAGAAAACAUCUGGAAGAGUGUUUAGAUAAAGGGAAAAAAAAAGAAGUUACGUUCUAA